AUGCUAGAGCGGGCGACAGCAUGUCUCAAAGCCGGAGCACGCGAUUCUCUCAAAUGCGCGCAGCACGCGAAGGCUCAGGCUCCGCCUACGGGCAGUCGUCGCCGGCUUCAUUCGACUUUUUGGACGCACGGCGCUGGCGAUAUCGAAUCGAUCGACAUCAGUUUAUUGAGUAUUGGAGCGGGAUUGGAUCUUCCUACACGGCACGAUGAGAUUCGCCUGGGAAAGGCGGCAGGAAGUCGACAAAAGAAGGACCUGGAAAGCGCCACAAGCUCUACACACCCCGAAGCUCCCUUUUUGGACUUUCUCUACCCGCCACACGCGUUGGCGUGGUUGCAGAAGGGCAAUGGACAGCCUUGGGAGCGGUGGGAGAGGCGCAACGCGAAGAGGCUCCCCGAAGGCUUCGUGCAAGCGUCGCGAGGCUAUUCCUCGACCUCUCAUGCUCGCUCUCAUGAUGCGAAAAGCCCAGAUGGUGGUGGAGUGGGAGCUCCUGUUGACAAUGAUGCCUCAAGACUCAACGCCGUGGARGACAUUGAGCCCUCGGAAGAAGAGUUUUCGUCGGACACUGUGUCUCGGAUGAGAGUAGAGCCGACAGAGGGCGCUUCGACAGCUGAUGUUGACCCUGGUCAGAAUCAGGAUCUUUCAAGCUCCAGCUCUACSACACCCAACAGUGCGAGUAUAGUGCGCRAAUUGACACCCAGCGUCGAGACGACCGAUGAGGGCACUGAGGAGGUGGCCGACGAGGACGAAGCGUUCGAUACCUCAAGUGCAAUUAGCCCAGGAGAACUACCAGAACAAGGCACGCGAGCCUUCGAACAGGUGGACAACCCCCAUGAAGUUCUUCGCACCAUGCUCGGGGGGAAACGCAGAAAGCAUUCGGCAGAAGACGUCAGCCGCGCCUGGUUUCUGUACAAUUCUCUCAGCGAGCARGCAAAGAUCGACGUCCGAUUGAUGCACGAAUUGCUCCUUUGGUUUUCAAGAAUAGAUGUAGAGACAGCACAGGCACAUUCGAUAUCCCUGUUCUGGUCAAUGCCGUUGGAAGCAAGAACGCUUACAGACUACGAGGCAGUUCUCAAAGCAUUCCUGAAUCGCAAGACGUACGACGCUGUGGCAGGAGUACAUAGAGAAGCAUUGAAGAACAUACCCAACGGACGUCAGAUUACGAAAAAGCUGUUCCAGCAUGCAGUACAUCACAACAACUGGCAGCUGGCGCUCGCAGUCAAAGAGGACCACGACAGUGCUUUUGAAGAUUCCGGUCCGUCUGAAGCUCCUCAAAAGGCUCUGUUCUGGAUCGAAGUCACCGAGAUCCCGGACUUGAUACAAAAGGCAGAGCUUCUAGUGCACAAGUGUCAAUGGUUCCAACGCCGGGGUCAUAAGCUUCUCGACAAAUUCCAGGCCUUCAGUGUUAGGAUGUCCGAAGAGGCUUUCCGUCAGACGCUGAUGGCGCCGUCAAAUUGGAAGGCAUCUCAAAGAACAGAGAAAGACAUGACCCAGUCAUCGCUUGUGACCCUUCUUGAUAGCAUUCGCUGGUGGAACCCAGAUGCCCCGCGAUUGUUCGAGGAAUUUCUCGUCAAAUUGCUUGACCUGAACCAGUCUGAGGACCAGUACCGGCAGGUGCAUAACAUCGUCUCUUUCAUUUAUGGCCACUACAGGGAAAUGUCCGGAAUACAUCCAUCAGAACAUCUACUUGAAAAAUUGCUGUCGCGCGUCUUACCAUACGCCAUCUACCUACGAAAGCUCGAGUUCUCAAAGUACAGUGUUUCCGUCGAGGUCAUAGUAGAGGACUGGCAGAAGUAUCACACAGUUCUCAGUUGUUGGGCUACAAAGAGACUGAUAUCAUGGUACGCUCGGCAGGGCAUGGCUGUGCCUGUCGAAGAAUACUACACGUACCUCAAGCGACACUAUCCGGCGUACCGGGAUCAAAAAAGCGCCCUGUCAGAUCUCAUCUACGUGCACGCACGUCGAGCCGACUCGAAGAAAGCGCAGGAGGCGUUUGAUCAUGUCGAUAGCGUCGCGAAAUUGAACGCAACGAGACCAGUCUUGAAAUGCUGGAACAUAUUGAUGCAUGCCCUCUCUCGCACGGAUGACAUAGUCGGUGGUCUCGACACCCUUCGUCGACUGGUGGAUGAUGCCAAGCUGCUACCAGACGACAAGACCCUCCAUCCACUGCUGGAAAUGCUUGCACGCCGAGGUGAUGCAGACGGAAUAGCAGAUUUAUUGAAGCAGUAUGACUCUCUCACUGGCGCGCCACACACAACGAGCUUCGUCGGUAGCCGCAUGCGUGCUUUGAUCAACAGCGGCGAUGUGCCCGAGGCAGAGCUCGCACUCAAGGAAGCUACCAAGCAGAUUCGUACGCGUGAGCUCACUGGGUCACUCACGGGUUCCUUCAAUAUCAUGAUCGCGGCAUAUGCAAUGCGAAGAGAUCUUGAUGCGACCAUGCGCACGUAUCGCUGGAUGAAAGCAGAAGACAUUCGACUUGAUCGAUAUACGUACAGCGCCUUGAUGCUGGCUCUCAUCCAAUUUCGACAGACACCCGCGGCCUAUGCCAUCAUGACUAAGGUGAUGCGCAAGGAAGGCUUGGAGCCGACAGCUGCACAUUACGCCGUAGUCCUGGCUGGUCUUGUAAAUCAGGAAAUGUAUGACCGAGCGAUAUUUAUACAUGAAAGGAUGGUKAGGAAAAACGUCCGUUCCUCACUGGCAACUAAAAGGAUUUAUCUUCAAGCCGUCGCGAGGAAGGAACGUCGGAAAGGAGAGGCGCGCGGCCCCAAUGGCGAGCCAGCUCCACUCAUGCAAGUCAUAGAAGAGCUUCGUAAUGCCUUGCUGCAAGACGAUGGAUCGGAAAUUGCGAGCAGAGACCCUGUCUUUGGUCAUGACCACACAGCUGGUGGGGAAGACGUGCUCGAACACUUCGUCGACGUCCUCUUCGCACAUGGCAAACACCGAUGUUUCGAAGCAGUGCACGAGCUCUUCCGGAUGUACCAAGAAGAGGCUGCAAAGCUCGGCAAGAUUGACUCCUCGGUGCCCAUGCGCAUUGUGAACGCCAUGAUGAGUACGCAUCUUCACAGUGGAGAGUACGAUCAAGUGGAAGCAUAUUGGAAGAUUGCCAAAGAUAAUGCCGACCGCAUCGCUCCCAUCACCGCGAUACCCGAUUACGAACGUUCGAAGCCUUCCACUUCCCAGAGCUCUGCAAUAGAGAUUGCCAGCCCGGAAAAGGAAAAUCUUCUAAGCGCAACGAAGAGUGAAGUAGAUCGCGCAGAGAUUGGCUUUGAGGCGAAUCGCGCGGCCGCCAUACCCAAUGAUCAGGCUCUCCUACCUGCCUCACUUCCUCGAAUGGCGCCUCGCCCAUCGCCUCGCCGCAAAUACAUCCUCACUCGACCACUUCGAUACCAUCUCCGCGCACUCGCCGCUCAGAAUCGCAUUGCGGAUKUUUUGACGACGUUCACUGCGCUUGUGCGUCAAGGCUACGCCUUCGAUUCGAUCACCUGGAAUCGUCUGAUAGAGUACCUCUGCACAUCCAAACCGCCACUCGCCCUGCUAGCCUUCACCCUUACAGAGCGCUAUCUCAUUCCCCAAUUCCCUGGCUGGACGCCACGUUACAUGACUCGCAGACCACCUCGAAAGUCUGCAAUCGCUGAAGGUCUGCAAUUCAUUCGCGGGAGGUAUAUGAGUUACGAUGCACUAUUUCCACAGUAUCGCACUAUGGUGUUUCUUACUUCGGCGCUCUUGAAGCUAAGGAGAAUGGAGGCCUUGGGAAGCUCGAAGAAGAAAGGAGACAUAGGCAGAUUCAURGGAAGCGUGCGGCAGAUUCAAGCUGUGGCGCCGAAAACAUUAGAGGCCGUGAACAGUAUGCCGCAGAUCGAGCACGAUAGACUGCAGCAUCAGCUGUUGAGGAGUGAUGAAGCCAAUGCGCUGUAA